GACCAGGCUUUAUCAAUCCCUUUUCUCAAGCUGGAAGGCUGCGUCUGGAGUCUUGAAUCCAUCCUGUGGGAAAUUUUUUUUGGCCCGUCUGCCGGCGUUACGAGGAUUUUACAAUAUAUCUCCUCUCACCAUCACGACGCAGUCCAGGCCGAAUUCACCAUUUUGACCUCAAAGUAACACCUUCGGAGUAACCUCGUCACAAGCGCAGCCUCCUUUGUCCCGUUCAGCUACCUCCCUCACGAGCCUCGGCAUAACCCGUCAAGCUUCUCCUUUUCGAUUAGACUACGAGAUCUCUCGCUGCCGACCAACAUGGAUGGCUCUCAGGCCCAGGCGAAUCAGCCUAUGGUUCCGCCUCAGCAGCACUCGAACCUAAUCCGGACAGACCAGGUCCAGAAAUUACCUCAUCUCAAUGAGCAGCAAAAGGCUCAGCACACCCAGUUGGUGCGCAAUUUCUGGGAGAUACUCAACAGCCGGGACCCCCAGAGUGCGGAAUAUCAGAACGCCCAUAUGAGACUCACACAGCUCUCUCAAAAUCUGAUGAAAGGCAUGCGAAUAUUUCAACAAAACCGCCAGCAAGCACUGCAGCAGCACCAACAGGCUCAGGCGGCGGCUGCAGCUGUGCAGGGACAGCCAGUCCAACGGACGCAGUCCGCCAACCCCCAGUCUUUCGCGCAGCUUCUCCCACAAAUCCAACAGAAAGUGAACGGUCUUCACUUCUUCCUCCCUCCCAAUAUCAGCAAAGAGCAGGUACAAACAUGGUUGCCGGAGGCAAGGCUACGAUACGGUAUUGCGCUUCAGAAACAGGAGAUCGGACGCGUACGUAUCGCGGAACUGCGCCAACAGUUCGCGCAGCGACAGGCCGCUGGGAACAUGAGCCAGGAAGAGCUCUACCGAGAAGGCAGCGACUUCUUGAACAAAUUCAAAGAGCAACAGGAAUCUUUCAAGGCACAGCAGCAGAACCAGCAGCUGAAUAGAGCAGAGCAGGCUGCUGCUGCGACUGGGACUGCGCCUGCGCCUGCCGCCACACCUGCGCCCACUGCCGGUGACAAGCGUCCGGUGAAUGUCCCCGGAUCCAUGCACCCUGGGCAAGCCCCCACUCCGGCACCUCACACCAUUAACUCUGCUGUAAAUGCGGCGCGAAAUCAAGCCGGGCAAGCGGCCAUGUCUCCCUCCACGACUCAGCCGGGCCAAGCGCCCGUCACACAAGCUGCAGGCACCGCACCUGCCGCUCCGGCCGCGCCUCCCCAUCAACCACAACAGCAGCAACCGCAACCUCUUUCGCAACCUCUUUCGCAACAGGGGACUCCAGGCGCGCAGGUCACAUUUAGCCAAACCCCUAAUCCGGACGGUUCGACGCCUACUCCUUCAGCUUCACAGCCAAUCAACGUACAGGGUCCACCACGUCCUUUGUCCCAUCAAGCUGCGAUGGCGCAAGCUGCUCAGAAUUAUACCAACAACGCCGCGAACAAUAACAUGGCUCAGCAAAAUGUGUCGCAGGCAGCUGCCAAUCCUCAUGCACAUCCUCAGGGCUAUAUUUCCAAUCGCGCGUCGGAAAAUUCAGCGCGUAACAUCAACAUGGCCAUUCCAAAGAACCUCAACGUUCCUCCUCCAGAGCCGGUCAGCAUGGCACCAGCCCGGCCCACUCUGUCCGGCGGCCCCAGUCAUGGCGCCAUGGGUAUGAUGGGCCAACCAGCCAUCCAGAAGCAUCCUGGCUACGUUCUUGAGGGCGAAGGCCAGCGUGUAUUGAGCAAGAAGAUGCUUGACAUCCUGGUGCGCCAGGUCACCGGAGGAGGAGAGGGUGAAGGGCUUACGCCAGACGCCGAAGAGUUCAUCCUGCAAAUGGCCGACGAUUUUGUUGAUGACGUGAUCACCGCUGCUUGCCGUCUCGCCAAAUUGCGCCCAUCCUCUACGCUUGAACUCCGCGACAUCCAACUCGUCCUGGAAAGAAACUACAACAUGCGCAUCUCCGGCUUCUCCACCGACGAUCUCCGCACCGUGAAGAAACCGCAGCCCACGCAAGGCUGGACUCAAAAGAUGUCCGCCGUCCAGGCCGCCAAAGUUACUCAGGGAAAGGCCGAGUGAUCCACUUUUAUGUUCCUUUUCCCUUCCUCCUUCAUCCUCUUGACCAAAAAAAUAAGGGAAGUCGCCAACGAUAGAGCUACACACAAGUCGGGGCAGCUUCCUAUCAAUCCUCUUCUGGCUUUUCCUUCAUCCUCUGAAUCACGGAGAACUUGAGACCUCCCCUGGAGCAACACUCAGAACGUGAAAUAUUCUACAUUAUGCGUAUUCGGACUGGCGUCAUCGGUGGGGUCGGGCCUCUGCUUUUUUCUUUUUUCUUUUUCUGAUGGGUUUGCCUCUACUAGGUUGUCUUUCCUUGGGGGGGUCCAAACUACGAAAUCGCUCAACUCCUGGAAUGUUGCAUGUGUGCCGGCGUCAUUAUUUGAGAAGGCCUGUUAUUCUGAUAUACCACCUUAGGCUAGGCACAGAUUAGGUUCAACGAAUGGUAGAAAAUUGAUUCAUGAUUUCAUGUCUAAA